UCGUUUUCAGCCCCUCAAUUCAUUUCCAUAUUUAGCGAAAUUUUCAGACUCCAGUUAUCGUUCUAUCAGUUCAGGUGACACCUUCAACCACCCAGCUCCGCUCUUUAGAACACCGUCCCCCAACCCCCUCCCAACACCCGCCGCCCAUUCGCCAUCUUUGAUAAAGUUAGCACAACAUGGGGCUCUCAAGACAGGCGCGCAUCAUCACCCUUCUGGUGAUCGAUUCCGUCUUUUUCUUGAUCGAACUGAUUACCGGAUACGCUGUCGGCUCUCUGGCACUUGUUGCCGACUCGUUCCAUAUGCUCAACGAUGUCCUCUCUCUCAUCGUAGCUCUCUACACAAUUAGGCUUGCUACUUCCCCGUCCUCGUCUGCCAACUCUUAUGGCUGGCAGCGUGCUGAAAUUCUUGGUGCUCUCAUUAACGGUGUCUUCCUUGUUGCCCUCUGUGUUUCCAUCGGUUUGGAAGCUGUUGGCAGGAUCUUCUCUCCCCCGGAAAUUUCCAACGCCCAGUUGAUCGUUGUCGUGGGCAGCUUGGGUCUCUUGAGUAACAUUGUCGGCCUUUUCCUUUUUCAUGACCAUGGUCAUUCUCAUGGCGGACACACUCACGGUGCUGUCGCACUUCCCAACGAUGAGGACGAGACGUCGUCCCUCAUCUCUCGUGACGAUUCCGUAUCUGAGCUUUAUCAGCACCCUGCUCAAACCCGCGCACAGGUCAUUGAAACUGCCCAAGAAUUCGGGUACGGCGGUACUCAGCUUUCAUCGUCUCUUGACUCCCGCGCAGGUCAUUUGGCCAAAUCGCCCAAUGCAGGCGGCCAUGGUAGAACUGGUAGCGCCAGUAGACGAACAAAGAGAGGAAGUUUCUCCCGCGCUGGAGGCCACAGCAGACUGGGCAGUGCCAACAUUGUACCUCCUGUUCCCGGACAGAACGACGUGCUUCCUCCCGUAGGUGGCGAUGGUAACUCUACUUCAAGUUCUACAGUUAUUGAUAAUGGCAAGAAGAAAGCGUCUAAGAAGGAUGACCAUGAUCAAGACCACGGCCGUGAGCGCGAGCAGGGAAGCGACAGCGGCAAGAAGCUCGCCGGGAAUGCCAGCGACGCUGAAUCAGGUCAUACCCAUGGCUCACCUGCUGAACACGGUAGGCAUGGCGGCCAUGGCCACUCCCACGGUGCUAUGAACAUGCGUGGCGUCUUUCUGCAUGUUGUGGGUGACGCUCUUGGUAAUGUCGGUGUUAUCUCUGCUGGUCUGGUUAUCUGGUUCUGCCAAGGCCGAUGGACUCUCUACUUUGACCCAGGUGUCUCUCUUGUCAUCACCUGCAUCAUCUUCUCCUCCGCUCUUCCUCUCGUCAAGUCCGCGUCUUACAUCCUCAUGCAGGGGGUGCCCUCCCACGUCUCUCUAGACGCUGUGCGUCAAUGUAUUUAUGAAGUCCCUGGUGUUGACUCUGUGCACGAAUUACAUAUCUGGCAAUUGUCAGAAUCAACAGUCGUUGCCAGUGUUCAUGUUAUGAUCGAGGCCGGCAGAGACUACAUGGUGGUAGCUAGCGGCAUUAGGGAAAGGAUGCAUAGCCACGGAAUCCACAGCGUCACCAUCCAACCAGAGUUUUACUGCGAGGAGACUGAUCCCCAGGAUACCGAGGCCUGUCUCAUCCGUUGCCCGCCAGGACAAUGUAGCGGUGACACUUGCUGCCCUCCAGGCGUCAAGAUCACCGGCCCAGAAGGUGAUGAAGGGAACGGACAUGAUCACGAGCAUUAAGGCCUUUUAAAAAGCAAAAUCAUAUGAGAGCAGAACCUACAUAAUAAUAAGAUACGGAACGAUACUACACUAGACCUCUAUGUAUGUACAUGAACUGGUGGAACACUGGCCAUCAGCGCUCGGCUAUGCACC